CAAUCGAUGUCAGCGAUGCAUGCGGUUCAUUUUUCCACGUGCGAGGUGUUUCUCGGUAAAUUUUCAUAGAAAGUUUGUGAUUUCUACAGUCUCGAUCACUUAGUUUUAUCAAACAGAAUGUGAUUUUUUUGUAACCAGUGUUUCUUCAAAUUUUGUGUUUUACUUGUGGCCAUUAGGCGUUUUUCUGUCUACACAUGUGUCGUUAGAUAGUGCAGAUAAACAUUUUUUUUGUGAAGCGAGAGUUCGUGGCUUGUGUUUGAAGUAUUAUUGUUUAAUUGUGCAUUUAGCUCGGUUCCCUUUUGGACAGUUACGUGGGAGAAGUGGUGUUACGUACCAUCAUAGUUGUGCAUAGUUUUUAUCGGGCAUUCAAGUGAGAUUUUCGUAGCAAAAAUUGGUCGUCCGAUGACAGCAGCAAAGAUUUCGUCAACGUUGAUGGAAGAUGUGGAAAAAUACUUUCUCGAUAUCCUCGAGAAGGACGACAGUCUGUCGUCGGGCAUUGCAGCAAUCAAAACACUGUUGAUGGUGCUGGAAAAAACUAAAUUUGAUACCGUCCAAGAGCUGCACUCCACAAUCCAAGCUGCGGUGCAGACGAUGCGGAACACAGAAAAAUCGAUAACGUCGGUCGUGUCCGGGAGUGAAUUAUUCUCGCGAUUCAUCACGCUGGCCAAAUUCGAUGACAAAACGAUGGACGAGGUGCGGCUGAUUAUGCUCGCCCGGGGAAAGAUCUUUCUGGACAAACUGCUGGAGGGUAGAAAUGUGGUGGCGAAACAGGCGACCAAUUUCAUCAGGGACGGGUGUCGCAUUUUGACCCACGCAAGAUCCCGAACUGUGCGGGACACGCUAAUUUUGGCUGCUAAGAUGAACAAACGAUUUCAGGUGUAUUGCACCCAAAGUUAUCCCGAUAAACAGGGAGAACAUAUGCAGAGAGAACUGGAGGCCGAAGGUAUCGAGUGCACCAUCAUUUUGGAUUCCACGGUCGGUUAUGUCAUGGAAACCGUCGAUCUGGUGUUCGUGGGGGCGGAGGGGGUUGUAGAGAGCGGUGGAAUCAUCAAUCGUGUUGGAACUUUCACGAUGGCAAUGUGCGCCCGGGAAAUGAAGAAGCCGUUCUACGUGCUGGUAGAAAGCUUCAAGUUUAGCCGAUUGUAUCCACUGAAUCAGCGAGAUUUACCCAAUGAUUACAAGUAUCCCAAGAGCAGUAUGAGCGACACCUCCAAGGCGCACCCUCUGGUCGAUUACACGCCACCAGUUUAUAUAACGCUGCUUUUCACCGACUUGGGAAUUUUGACACCGUCAGCUGUCAGUGAUGAACUGAUUAAACUUUAUCUAUAAGCAAUAAACCAUCUUUUUUUCUUUGUUAA